GCAGCAGAGCCGGGCUGCAGGAGAGAGCAGGGCUGGACCGGGGGACAAACCCAGGCAGGAGACGCACAAGCCGGACCAUGCUGAUCUGAACCGACGCUGAUUGUAGAGGAUCCUGUGACUGACCACAGCCUGAAUUGAAGAGGGGGCUCUGGUUCCAAAGAGUGCAAGUAUGGGGAAGGACUACUAUAAGACAUUGGGGAUCCCCAAGGGCUCCAACGAGGAGGAGAUCAAGAAGGCCUAUCGGCGCAUGGCGCUCCGCUACCAUCCUGACAAGAACAAGGAUGCCAACGCCGAGGAGAAGUUCAAGGAGAUCGCAGAGGCCUAUGAGGUACUCAGCGACCCCAAGAAGAGGGUUGUCUACGAUCAGCUGGGAGAGGAAGGUUUGAAGACGGGAGGCAGCAGCUCCUCGGGGGUCCCCGGCAGCUCAACAUACCACUACACUUUCCAUGGAGACCCCCACGCUACUUUUGCCUCCUUCUUUGGCGGCUCCAAUCCCUUCGAUAUGUUUUUUGGCUCGAACCGUGGCCACGGCCGGUCUAACGGGUUCUCCUUCCACAAUGACCACAGCAACGACACAGAGCAGGACGUGGACAUGGACGAGGAUGACCCCUUUGCACAUUUCGGGAGGCAUUUUGGCUUUCCCGGAGGGAUGAACAAUGGCUUCCCAGGGGAGGGUCGUAGAAGGAGAGGGGCACCGUCGGAGCGUUUGGGGGCCAAUCGCAAGCACCAGGACCCUCCGGUGGUCCAUGAGCUGAAGGUCUCGCUGGAAGAGAUCUUCCACGGAUGCACCAAGCGCAUGAAGAUCACCCGCCGUAGGUUGAACCCAGACGGCCGGAGCAUGAGGACAGAGGACAAGAUCCUCAACAUUAUCAUCAAGAAGGGCUGGAAGGAGGGGACGAAGAUUACUUUUCCAAAGGAGGGGGACGAGACCCCUGAGAACAUUCCUGCUGACAUAGCCUUUGUGCUUAAAGACAAAGGCCAUGCCCACUUCAAGAGAGAUGGUUCCAAUAUCAUUUAUAACUGCAAGAUCAGUCUAAAAGAGGCAUUGUGUGGAUGUACUGUUAGCAUUCCCACGCUGGAGAACCGCAUCAUCUCGCUCCCCUGUCAUGACAUCAUCAAGCCUGGGACGGUGAAGCGACUCAGAGGGGAAGGCCUUCCUUUCCCAAAGAACCCAUCACAGCGCGGUGACCUCAUCGUGGAGUUUUCUGUCCGUUUUCCUGACAGGAUCCCCCCUCAGUCCAGAGAGAUUAUCAGACAACACCUCCCUCAGUCAUAGGAAACCACACCCCUCCUCCCCCUGCUGUCACCACACACUCCAGACUAAACCCAGAAAAAGUAUCCAAGACACUCCUUCACCCACUCUCGUCAUCUAGUAGUUAGUUGGUUAACCUUCCCAUACCCCCGUGUCAAUGCACGCAGUUUUGCGCAGAUGCUGUGGUUUGGUGAGACUUCACAGCAGGAGGAUAAUGAAUGCCGACAGGUCUGACAGUUUUAGGAUUUAAUUUAUUCACGUUUGUAUUCGUCCACUGACUCCAGCGCAUAAACGAGCACCUGAGCGGUGGAGUGGUGCUGAAUGUGGACUAAGCACAACCGUGGGGCUUUUAGCGAAUCUCCUUUUCUUAACUGCUUUUUACGGAUUUAUCUGUGGUUUUAUAAGCUGUCCAACUCUAAGAUCCUCGUCUUUUUGUGAUGGGAUGAAGCGUGAGGUAUUUUUUUAAAGGAAACAUUUUUCCAGGAUUUUAUUUUCCAUAUAUUUAAAAAAUAAGAUUGUUUAUUAUUACCAUGAUUGUGCCAGCAGCUCGAGGCUGUUCAGUGCAAACCCUGAUUUGAACAUAUCUCCCCACCUUCCAUUCCCUGCUUUUCUUUUCAUUGUGCUUGAAAUCACUAGGACAUCUAUUAUUAUCGAUGUCCUUCCAAAUAUAAAUUGACAUUUCCAGUGCCACAGCACAUUUAAAGCCCUUAUUGCGUUUCAAUUAACAUUAGCGUAUUUUCAGCUACAUCGGAAAACUCUUGGAAUGACAAUCACAUACUGUAACAGUAAGUUUGGAUUUACAUAAUCUGCUUGUAAUAUGGGUGCUAUCCCUUCUGGGCUAUGGGGCUGGUCUGAAUUGAAUGGCCUCGCUCAAUAUCUAAGGGCCAUAUAGGUGCCUUAGCCCAGUGUUGCACUGCGUAUGUGAACACAAACAUUAGGUUGCACUGUAAAACAAAACAGCCAUGCUGAGAGCACAACAGAUGUUGCCCUAUGUGGCGUUCGACAUUACCAUUAGGAACCAAUAACUGAAGCAAAUCAAUAAGUAAGCAAUGUAAAUCUGUAAUGUACUGUAUGUUAUCUAGAACAUUUUUCGGGGGCGAGAUUUGAUACAGGACUGAGGAAUCUGCCCGUGGUUUCCAUGUGAAGCGCCAUACAGGUGCAGGUUGGAUUUUUCAGAGGUAAACCCGGCCUUGGUGUGUAUAUUCUGCUUUCUCUUGUGGCGUUUGAAGGCCAUGUCCCGGUGCUAAUGUGAGCGGUGCCAAAAAUAAACUACACUCGUGUGUGCUUUUUUUUUUUUUUUUUUUUUUGGUUUCAUGGAAUUUCUGUGAUUUGAUAAUGGCUUCCAGCCUCUGUAACAUCUGUACUCUGAACUUUACUCAUUUAUAGCUAGUAGAGGUCCCUGUUUAGGAAACUAGUUUUCUAACUUUGCCACAGCUGUUUUCUGUCUCGGCUGCAGGCAGCUCUUAAACUUUGUCAGUUCUUCUUACUGUUUAAACUCAAUGAUAACAUGUAUGAGCAUGGAUUCUGCACACAGGCCUUAUGGUUUGUAUGCAGACAUGUUUGUAUAACAAGCUUGUAUGUUUUUACAGAAACUGACUAAACGAUGAGAUUGUGGGAGAGACUGAAUGACUAGUCUGAGUGUGUGAUUUUAAGUCGUGCCUCUCGAAGCCUCAGAGGACAUGGAGGUGUGGCUGCAACCAGGGUUCACACGUGCUGCGGCUGCUGCUGAAAGAUUCACUGCUUAUCUGCAUCUGACAAGUCGGUAUUUAUUAACUUUUCAAAAAU